UAAUAAUAACAAUAAUAAUACAACAACAACUACUACUACUAAUAAUAAUAAUAAUAAUGAUGAUGAUGGUGAUGAUUAUAAUAAUGGAUGGUUGAACGUUUUCCAGUAUGACUUAUGCAUGUUUUGCUAGAUGAUCCAUAAAUUGCCUUCAGACAUCUUAUCAGUUAUCAUGGCUCUGCUGUAGACAGGUGUGCCUCAAGCCUUGUCUCCCACCUGUUGGUUUUAUUGUUGCUCUGCAAAUAAGAUCGUCCAGCUUUUACUGUUUGUUUGAGAACAAACCUCAGCCCUGCCAGAUCCUUUAAGGGUUAGACCCAAUUAAGGACUCAGUUCCUUUGCUCAUGAGAAAGAUGUCCAAAUUCAUUUUCCAUGGACUUGGAACACUGGCGGAGGUCCAUGGAGGAGGAGGAGGAGGAGGAGGAGGAGGAUACAACUUUGAAUGAUAAUGUGUGUAAAAAUGGAUUUAGGAAAUAACAGAUAAGAAAACUCCUCAAGCUCGAAAGUUGUUCAAUUUCCCAAUAAACGUUAUUUUAACUGUUUCUGGGAAACUUGAAGGGUUUAGCCAAACAGACAUGAAGUCUAGACUUUACUGCUAAGUUCAUUAGAUCACGUUCUCUUUGAGAACGUAUAAGCCACGCUCUUAAAUGAUUAAUACUCCGGGUUCCCCUCUGUGUGAGGAUAAUAACAAGGUCGUGAUUGAGUUACAAUACACAAUAGGAGAAAAAAGUCGCGCUUUGUCUAAUUGUUCUUUGACAGGGUCAGAGGGGAUUGUGCGAUUGGCUGCUGCCUCCUGAGGCUGCAGCGCUGUCAGAGCUGUCUGAGGGCUGGGAGUGACACCAAGGUGACUGAGGGGAGGCUGGAAAAGUAUAAAUUGCUGGCGCAGUGCAACCCGUUCCAGAGACAAGGGCAUCAGCCAGAGUCUUCUGUGUGACCUUUAUUCCCUGCCGCGCACGACCACAGGCCAUUACAGUGAUGACCGCAAAGGCAGAGCUUUCGAGCUGGCAAGAGUACCCAGAAGAUUUCACCGCGCUGCAGCAGCGCAGCCUGGCCCACAUCAACUCCAAAAGUUGGAUUUCUUCAAACUCAAUCCGUGCGUUCUCCCGGAAGGACGCGCACGGAGCUCCAGAGGCAUGCAUCUCACUGCAUGAGAAAUUUGUGCCAACCAGUAAACUGCCUGACUGCGUGUCGGCUGCAGGCAUCACAGAGACAGACUGUGAGAAGUCAGCUGAGGGAGGCAAUGCGAGCCACUUUGGCCCCCAGAAACACAGGCGCGUCGCAGCCAACGCCAGGGAAAGGAGAAGGAUGCACGGCCUGAACAAAGCGUUUGACGAGCUGAGGAGCGUCAUCCCUUCCCUGGAAAAUGAGAAGAAGUUGUCCAAAUAUGACACCCUCCAAAUGGCGCAGAUUUACAUCAACGAGCUGUCGGAGCUCCUGGCCGGCGUGGUUCAGUCGGAGUGCAUGGGUCCAGCGGACAAGAGCUCCAGGAGGAGCCUAAUUCACUCUCUACGGCCUGCAGCCAGUGCGCAGGAGCAGCUGACCGGAGAGCAGCGGGAUCACCUUAUCAUACUCGGACCUACAUCCGACCUGGGGACAAUUAAAUCCACACCCUCUUCCCACAGCAGUGAUGGGGAAUCCUCGCAUCUCAGCGACAUGGAGGAAAGUCAGAACGGGAGACAGUAACAGAGAACACUGGCCACUGACUAUUGACUCUUUACACCGCGGUGUCUGUCAUAGGAAGAACCGGGAGAACCAAAUAUUACAGCUUGUAGAAAUGUUGAUCAUGUGCUAGUCCUUCAUAUAUUCUCCUGUCAUAAUUUAUAGCUUAGAUGUUGCACUGCCAAAUGAAAAAAAAAAAACAAUACAGGAAAAACUUGUUUUUACUUCCCAAGGCCAUGAUGAGCUCCCAUAGGCCUUUUUAUGCACUUUAUAUGCCCUGAACAUCAUUAAUGACAUUUUCAUGUGUCAUUAGUGACAAUUGUCUAAAUUAAAAACAAUUAUUUGAUAUUUAUGUUUAGCUAUGGGGUAUUUUAUAAGGGUUGUUUUGCUAAAAUAAAGACAUAGUUAAGAAAUGAGUGCAUUUCAAAUUAUUUUUGUAUGUUUCAUACUGAAGUCAGCAACACGUUGUAUACUGAGUAAAUGAUAUUUUAAUAUUUCUACCAUGUGAAGCAAACUGAAGCGUCCAUGUACAAAAAAAAAAGCAAUAUUCACACUUGGGUAUUUCGUCUUUCUGUCUUGCAGAAAAACUCUUGAUUUACAUGCAGCAUCCAUCUUAUUUCACUUUAAGAAGGAAGUAGAAGAACAAACAUAAUCUAGAGGAAGCCUCAAAAGAUGUCAUGCAACUCACUGACUGUCACAAGGAAUCAUAAUUUUUUUUUUUCCUUAAACUGUUUCCAUAAUUAAACAGUCAAACAAUCAGGUGUUCUCUCUGCUUAUCAACUAAUGGUAAUGUCACAUUAACAUUCCAGCAGUGAAAAACAACACGGA